AUGGCCACACACGAAACGGGCGAAUACGCGGUGCAGGACGAGGACGUCGUGGGUCUGCACACGCACGACGAGCACGAGCACGAACACCACGAUCACGACGGGCACUACGACGCCUACGACGAGAAGUACGACCGGCGCGACGAGGAGGCAGCCAUCGAGAGCUCUGGCGACGGGAAAUCACGAGCACCAGGAGAUGACCGGACGCCACCGGUCAUGUCCGACUCCACUGCGAAAACAGAAGAGGAGGAUCUUAACGGAGUUCGGAAUCCGCCCUCCAACGGAAGCGACGGGGAGCGAACAGCCCACGAAGAGGAUGUAGAAGGAUCAGCAGGCGCAGGCGACGACAAGAAGAAGAAGAAGUUUGAGCUCACGGAUCAGACCAACCUGCUGCCCGUGAAGCAGGUCAUGCUCAUCUUUGCUGGUCUGAACUGUGCCCUGUUCUGCUCCCUGCUGGACCAGACUAUCGUUGCCACGGCUCUCCCUACCCUCGGCAGGAUCUUCAACCAGGCGUCAAUAGCCUCAUGGGUCGGCACGGCGUACAUGCUGACCUCGACGGCGCUGCAGCCAGUGUACGGCCGCCUCAGCGACAUUUUCGGGCGCAAGAGCGUUCUCCUCGGCAGUCUGAUCAUCUUCCUCUUCGGCAGUCUGGCGUGCGCGCUCGCGCAGACCAUGAUCCAACUGAUCAUCUUCCGCGCAAUCCAGGGCCUGGGCGGCGGCGGUAUCCUCACCCUGGCCAUGAUCAUCAUUUCCGACGUCGUCUCUCUGAAGGAUCGAGGAAAGUAUCAGGGCAUCACCGGCGGCGUUGUCGCUGUCGCGAACAGCGUCGGGCCCAUCCUCGGCGGCAUCUUCACCGAGAAGGUCACCUGGCGAUGGUGCUUCUACAUUAACCUGCCACUCACGGGGCUCGCGAUCGUCGUCGUCUUCUUCUUCCUCCCGCUAAAGCGCGUGCAGGGCUCCAUGGUCGCCAAGCUGAAGAAGCUCGACUACCUGGGUAGCGCUCUCACACUGGCAUGGGCUGUACUCGUCCUCAUCGCGAUCUCGUGGGGCGGCGUGGAGUAUUCCUGGACGAGUGCUGCCGUGCUCGCGCCGCUCAUCAUCGGCAUUGUGCUGCUGAUCGUCUUCAUCGUCGUCGAGGCCAAGCUCAUGACCCUCCCCCUGAUCCCGAUGUACAUCUUCAAGGAUCGUACGGUGGCAGCAAGCAUGGCGACGACGUUUGCAAACGGAUGCGCCUUCUACGCAACACUGUACUAUCUCCCGCAGUACUUCCAGGUCGUUCGGCAGGAGUCACCCGUGCAGAGCGGCGUCGACAUGCUCCCCCUCACGUUCGUGCAGGUCUUCUUCUCGUUCCUCUCCGGCUUCCUCGUGUCCAAGACGGGCGACUACAAGUGGAACCUGAUGGCUGGAUUCUUCAUCUGGACCAUUGGUUUGGGCGUCAUGUCCUCCGUUGGGCCGGAUACGAGCAAGGCCAAGAUCUACGGGUACCAGGUUCUGAUCGCCGUUGGCGCAGGCCAGACGUUCCAGACGUCCCUUAUUGCGAUCCAGGCCAGCGUAGCGAGAAAAGACAUGGCGACAGCGACGGGAUGCCGCAACUUCCUCCGCAUGCUGGGCGGCACGGUCUCGCUUGCAGUCUGCGCCGCCAUCAUCAACAAUGUAGUCACCUCCGAGCUGACCGGGAAGGGCUUCCAGAGGAGCCUCAUCGACAGCGUCCUGAAAGACCCGACGGAACUGCACGACCUCCCGCUGGACGCCGCGCAGCUCGACGCAGUGCGCGCCGCCUACUCGCGCGGCAUCAACGCGUGCUUCUGGUUCUGCGUGCCCAUGGCCGGCCUCUCGUUCAUCAUCACUGUGUUCUUCAUUCGCCGCGUGUCGCUCAAGCGCGAGGACGACGCAAAGCUGAAGGAGGAGGGCAAGAAGUGGGUCGAGGAGCGCAAGGCGAAGAAGCGCGCUGCCAGGGGAGCUGUCGGAAGCGGACACACCACUCCCGCGACAGGCGCUCAGACUCCGGCCACGAGGCCGCAUACCCCGGAGAACGAUACCGGCGUCCUGCGCCUGCAGAGGAACGAUUCCGACGAGGACACCUACACUGCCAGCCCCGUCGAGGCGAAGAAGGAGAUCGACCGCACCGAGUCUGGACACUCUGCGCACAGCGGACUAGAGCGUGCUGAGGAAGUCGCGGAGGGGGUGAAAGAGGCUGUCGAGGAGGGCGUCGAGGCGAGCGCGGCGAAGGGCGCCGAGGCUGCUGGUGUGAGAAUGAGCCGUUAG